AUGGCUGGUCGUAGAAGAAAGGGACCAAACGAUGAGGAUCCUCAAGCUCGUCAAAGGAACCUUCGUGAUAUCGAGUUAGAAGAUUUAAGGAGACAAGUGCAACAACUCGAGCAACGCCUUGCGCGUGGCAAACAUCGUGAAUAUGAUGUUGAUGGUCAUGAUUCAGAUGGUGGUUCUACAAAUAAUGAUGUGGAUUUCAAUCCAUUUCAUGAUGAUAACUCACGUGACCGUGCUUCUCGUGGUCCACAGUUCCGAAGAGACAAUGUCCGCAACAAGUCUUUUGAUUUUAAAGUUGAUAUUCCAGAUUUUGAAGGAAGAAAUAAUCCCAAUGAAUUCAUUGAUUGGCUCAAUUCCGUUGAGAGAGUCUUUGAGUUCAAAGAUGUUCAAGAAGAUAGCAAGAAGGAUCUAUCCGUGGAAGACUAUGUGGCUGAAUUUGAAAACCUCAUGAUGCGGUGCGAUGUUUUGGAGCCAGAAGAACAAAUCAUUGCUCGUUUUCUUGGAGGAUUGAGGUAUGAGAUUGGGAAUGUGUUGGCUCUUAAGGUUGAAAAACAAAAAAAAGAAUCAAGUCGUUUUGGGGGACGUUUCUCGUCGGGUGGUGGUGCUUCUAAUCGAGGAAGUGCUUCUGCUUCCAAGAACACUCCGGUAGCCAAAGACAUAAAACAGAAAUCUGCCGCAAGUAAGGAUGGUGGUGCUGGUUUUGUGAAAUCCAGUGAGUAUGACGAGGAGAAUGAGGAGACAACACCCAUUUAUGAUGAAUGUGACAAGGAGGAAGAUAUCACUUAUGAAGAUCAUGGGGAAGCUUUGGUGAUACGGCGUAGUCUCAACACCACCUAUGUUCCAGAUGAUUCAUGGCUUCGUAAUAAUAUCUUCCACACCCGAUGCACGUCAAAUGGCAAGGUGUGUGACAUCAUUGUCGAUAGAGGAAGUUGUGAAAAUGUUGUGGCUACAACUAUGGUAGAGAAGCUGCAAUUAAAAACCAAAGAUCACCCUCGACCUUACAAGCUAUCAUUGCUUCGAAAAGGUAAUGAAGUAAAGGUAAAUAAACGAUGCCUUGUGCAAUUUUCUAUUGGAGACAAGUACAAAGACGAAGUUUGGUGUGAUGUUAUUCCUAUGGAUGUUUGUCAUUUGCUUCUUGAAAGACCUUGGCAGUUUGAUAGGAAAACACAACAUGAUGGAUUCAAAAACACCUAUGCUUUCGUAAAAGAUGGCAAGAAAAUAAUUUUGGGGCCGUCAAGAAUGAAGGGCAUUGUUAAGCCAUCUAAGGAAGAAGGAAAUAAUAUGCUCUCUCAAACGCAACUUGAGGAUGCAAUGAAUGAAUCCUUCGCGGCAUUUGCAUUGGUGGUUUUGGAAGAAAAUGAGGAGAGUAAUAUCAUCUCGCUGCAAGUGCAGCCUCUUUUGCAAGAAUUUACUGAUGUCGUACCUGAAGAAAUUCCUCCGGGCCUUCCUCCCAUGCGAAACAUUCAACAUUGUAUUGAUCUAAUCCCUGGUGCAUCGAUCCCAAAUAAUGCUGCUUAUAGAAUGAACCCUAAGGAACAUGAAGAGUUGAAGCGACAAGUUGAAGACUUGUUGGCAAGAGGUCUUGUGCAAGAAAGUAAAAGUCCUUGUGUCAUUCCAGCACUUCUUGUGCUAAAAAAAAAUGGUUCGUGGCGUAUGUGUGUUGAUAGUAGAGAGCUCCAGCCCAAAAGAGCACUUAAGUAUCUUCGACAAGUUUUUGGAGUGCUAAGAGAACAGAAGUUGUAUGCCAAUUUGAAGAAAUGUCACUUCUUCACCAACAGCCUCAUCUUUUUGGGCUACAAUAUUUCUUCCAAGGGCAUCAAGAUGGAUCGGGACAAGAUUGAAGCUAUUCUAAAUUGGCCAAUUCCUAAGACGAUUCAUGAUAUUCGGAGUUUUCAUAGCUUGGCUUCAUUUUACCGCAAGUUUAUCAAAAAUUUCAGCACCCUCAUCGCUCCCAUAACUGAAUGUUUGAAAGGUGGUAGCUUCAAGUGGACGGAGGAAGCAUUAAAAAGUUUUGAGCUUCUCAAAAAAAAAAGUCAUGGAGGCUCCAAUUUUGCAACUUCCAGAUUUCGGAAAGGUGUUCGAAGUGGAUUGCGAUGCUUCCAAUGUGGGGAUCGGAGGAGUUCUAGCCAAGAAGGCAGACCCAUCGCUUUCUUUAGUGAGAUGAUGAAUUCUCGACGCAAUUAUUCAACAUACGACAAGGAGUUCUUUGCCAUUGUUCGCACGUUGGAUCAUUGGCAACAUUAUCUCCUACACAACGAGUUUGUUCUCUUCUCGGAUCAUGAAGCUUGA